UAUGCGGUUGGGUGCGGUGUGGGCAUAAAAUCGCCCACCCAAUUACAGGUGAGAAAAGGACUCGUGCAACUCACGUGCGUGGGCCAAAACUCUCAAGCUCAUUGCCUCCAAAUUCAAAGCGGAGAACUUUCCAUUGGAAACCACAUCAUUGUCGUCCCCAAAAUUCAAAACCCUCUUAACGUCUCGCAAAUACCCUCACUGAAACCCCAAUUCUCCGAUUCCGGUGCCGUAAUGGACUUAGACGUCGACAUUUCGUGGUGGGUCCAGGAGUUUCUCCUCCGUGACCGCCACAACGAGACCAUCGCCAAGCGACUCCUUGCCGUCGCGCCGCUCCAGAACCGCCACGACUGGCGGUUGAAGAAGACCGUCCUCCUCCGAACAAUCGAGUCCGCAAUCUACGACGACGCUUCAGUCACCGAAGCGAUCCUCGAAGCCCUGGAGUCCAUCGAGGCUUUGGACCGCGGCCAAGGGUUUCAGACCACGGAGGCCAUGAGGGCGGCGUACUGCGCCGUCGCGACGGAGUGCACGGUCAAGUUCUUGGUUUGCUUCGGACGGAAGUACUUUGAGGCUGUGGAUCGGAUUUGGAGAGGUAGGGUUAGGGUUAGGGUUUUGGAGGAGAGUGAGGGGAGCGAGCUGGUUUUGGCGGAGUUGAAAGAGAGAAAAUAUGAGGUGGAGGCUGCGAUUUGGGAUAGGAAUGUGUCGAAAAAGCUAGCGAGGAUGAAUACUAGAAAUGAUGCGCUGAGAUUGGUUGGGAAGUAUGCUUGGGCUGUGAUUGGUCCUCCUUUUCUUAAUUGGGCCGUUAGAUUUCAUAUGGUUGAGGAAAGUUUAGGUGAGGGUGAUGGUAAUGUAGGUGAUGGUGAAUGGGAAUGAACUGGAGGUACAGGUAGCAAAUGGGGCUGAUUUGGAUGAUGGUUCCAAAUUGGAGGUCAAUGGGGAUAAUGAGGGUGAUGGGUCUAAACCGGAGGUGCAAAUAGAGAGUGAUACUAAGGUUGGUCAUGGGUCUGAUUUGGACUGGGGUGGAGGUGCCAUUGACAAAAGGGGCUGAUUUGGGUGUUGGGAAAGAGUUGAAUGGGCAAAGGGAAAAUGGGGCUAAUGUUAGUGAUGGGUAUGGAGUAAAGGCGCGAAGGGUGAAUGGAGCUAAUGUUGGUGGUGAUAGUUCUAAAUGGGAAGCGCGGCGAGUGGAAAAUGAUACUAAUGUGGGUGAUAUGACUGUGGCUUUUUCCAAGUUUGGGUCUCUGUUGGGUUACCAUUCUAUGGACGGUGUUUUGCGGGUAGUGGAGGAAGGGACGUCACCGCUUAAUGUGAACUGUGGUGUCCUCAGUUUUGAACCUGCAAGAAAAGAGAAAGGUAUUCUCUUUUUCAAUAGCAGAGAGGGAUAUUUCAGUGACAUCAGUUUCUGUAUUGUUGAGAGGGCUCUCUGUAUUGGUUUGUUCUGUGCUGUUUCAUGAUACCAAAUAUACAGCUCGGUCUCUGUUAUGCGAGCCCCAUCUAACUGAAGAUUUGAAUAUGCUCCUGUUUAAUAGUUUGCUUCAUUAUUACACAUGCUUGAGUUUCAAAUUUUGUAGUCCAGUUUCUUGAGUCCUCUUUUUUAUCUUUUAUAGAAAUUCCAAGGAACAGGGCACUUAGGCAUGGACCACUUAAGAUUAGAGAUGCUGAAUAUAUCGGCACAGAUGCAUCAGAUGGCAUACAUAAUUACGUAUCCAGCACUGAAGUUAGAAAAGUGCAAGAACAACUUAAGUCCAGUGUUAUGGCUGUACAAUCUGUAGUGACAGACCCACUACUUUAUAAUUUGCGCGUGCCGGAAAUUGUAAGAUCUGAGGUGGAAGUCAAUCAUGUAAAUGGAGAAGAUGGUACAAAAAAUCCAUCUAUUGAAAAGACCACUGGGCCUGAUCAUUCUAAUAGUGAUACUAAUGGAAAUCCGACCUCCAGUGAUCAGAACGAUGUGCCCCAAGCUCCUGGAAAAGAAAAUGAUGCAUCCAACCUGUCCGUUGAGAAGGGAAAGGGCACAGAGUAUGUUCGAAGUGGUGAUCCCAACCGUGCAGAUCUGUGUUGCAGUAAUCAGAAUAGUGGUCCUCGACCAGGGUUGAUGGAACGUAAUAGUACUGCCCAUACUUACAAGUGGGAUGACUCGCUAGGUAUCACCUGAAGGUAAGGGCACGCUUCAUUUACCUACUUUAAAAUGGAAUGCUAUUUCUCCACUGAAAAAGUAUGAGGAUAAAAGAUUUGCUAAGAGGAGAAAAGUAAAGAGAUGGAGCGUACAUGAAGAAGACACGUUAAGGCUGGUGUGCAAAGAGUAAGUACUUGUUGUCAUGUUUGGUAAACUCUCUCUGUUCACCAGCACUGUGACUAGUCUGCUAAUCAGUGGGUUUUGUUCAUAUGUAUGAUAACUCGUGGAGAGCUGUAUUUUGUAGUGCCCUCUACAGGAGUAGGAUUUUUUCAGUAGUAUCUGUAUGUUUUGCUACGGAAGGAUGCAUGUAUUGAUCGACAAACUGCUCCUAAUUUAAGAAUAUAAUGAAAUUAUCCUACUAGUUAUAGCUUUA